CGACCCAAAGAUUUUCCAACCCGCCAUAACACUCUGGUUCCAAUGCGCUGCCUAUGGCCAUGACUCUCACCGCUUCUUACGUAUUGUUAUACUCAUUCUAGCCCAGGAUACCUUCGGUGGGUAGCACUACGUCACGACGCAGCCGGAGUGGUUUUAUCGGAUAAUACAGCAGCCAUUGCCAGCAUGGCCACAAACAACGAAGCCAAAUUGCCACUGACAAAUGAAAGUGUGCAAGCAUGGGCUCGCGCAACAUUCCCUGGUCCUUUUCGUGCCCUGCCGAGAAGCGCAAGGCUGACAUGGAUCGAGUUUGACGAAUCGAGCUUCAGUAUCAGCAGGGCCAUUUGGAGAUCGCUCGGACGCUCAUCGCACAAGCAACUCCUCGUCAUCGGAGCAUACGCCCCAGGCGCAGAAAUUGAAGAACCGACCGAUCGCGUUGUAGCACACGUCCACGCCGAUGAGGCAGAAGUGAGCUUCUAUCGUGUCGCGGAGACCGCCGAUGGCGAGGAGUUGCAGUCUGUUACAUCAACCAGCGCUGUGGCUUUUCAUGCGCCGUUUUGCGACGUGGGAGACGACGCCGGGGGAUCGGAGGCUAUCCAUCGUGUCUCAGCCCUGAUCCGCUACUACUUCCUAGCGGCGGGGCACGUGAAAGAGCUGUUGAAAUUGAAACUAGACCCCACAAUGUUUCCCAGGAACUUCAAGGAUGCCUGUUCUUGGAUCAAAAACGGAGGAGAGCGCCCCAUUGCGCCUCCCUCGAGACGCUCAUGGGGCCCUCCCAAGGCUACCUCUCCAGACGGUAUCGUAAUCCGGCCAAAGCGUUCUUCUACUGUUUCAUAUAUCUCCCAAUUGACCGCGGAAGAUAUUCGUGCUCCUCCUAUCAAACGAUCAGCAACAGACAGUGUUAGUAUCACGGUCAAGCGAGAACGAGACGAUGACAGCAUGGCCAGGCCGAAGAAGCACCCACGCCGUACGCUUAGUGAGCAGAUUUAUAUUCCGAAAGUGCUAGGUCGUGAACCGAUUGCGAGCCCACGAAGUCCUGCACCGGAGCGGGUUAACAGAGCCCUGUCAGAUCGGAUCCAGCACCUCAAAGUUGAGAAUGCGGGCUUGCAGCAGCGCCUAGCGUCGGAAGCACAGAGUCAUUGCAUUGAAAACGAACGCGCGGAGGAAGCGUUAGCUAGCAUGAAGACACGGCUUGCAAACGUCGAAAGCGCAUCAGAACAACUCCAAGUUGAGAUGCAGUUAUUAAGAGAAGGGAUUGAACAAGCUAAGCAAGACAGUGCAUCAACAAAGGCCGAGCUUUUAGAUAUUCGCAAAGGCCUACCACGGAAACAAAGAGAAGCUAUGAGGAAUUAAAGAAUUAAAGUACAUGCGGAUUCUAGGUUAUAAAUAAUAGUAGUUUGCCUUUUAGUAUAUAGCUGAGUGGGCGGAAUAUUUAUGAAUAUGCGCUGUAGUAAGGCGGCAGUACGGAGUGGAUAGAAGGGAAAGAGGGGAUGGGUAGAAGCAGAAGAAGAAGAAGAGGUGGAGGAGGAGGAGAGGAUAAAGGAAGAAUAGUAUGUUAGGUUUUUAACCUACUAUAUAGGAAUAUCUCACUGUUGCGAUGCAGCUCUCUCAAAGCACACCGCCAAAGACUGGCGAUAGCUUAAAACAAUAGUCUUGGGACGUGUGCGCCUUUUGGUAAUGUUUCUUGUCAGUACACCGCGUACUAAGGAUUUGAUCACACGUUAACUAGAUAGAUCCAAACGUUCUGUUCUACAACACCAAUAUAUUAUUGAUAGUAUCAGUCCGGCCC